UAUAAAUAAAUGGAGAAGAAACAAGUAGAAGAGAGCUUCAAAAGAGAAAUUUUCGUUUACUUUUGUUAUCAAAAUAAUUGAUCAAACUUAACACGUUUAUCAUCGGUAUUUAAUUAUUGGUCAACAAUUUCUAUUAUAUAAUAUCCCUUAUAAUAAUAGUAAAAAAUUUCUUAAAAAUUCGUCUAGUUUGUAUCAAUAAAUUUUAUAUUUUUGAAAAAUAAAAUGUCUAGUAGGGUCUUAAAAAAACUACACGGAGAAAAAGAUCUUGCAGCAGCUUUGGGCAUCGAUGGUAUGAGUGAAUCUGAUGAUGGCGAUAUCAGUCUACGAGGAUCUGUUGACAAACCUGUGAAUAAUCGAUUUGAAUUGCUUAAUAGUGUGGAGCAUUCAUUAUCUGAUACAGAAGCUAAGGAGGAUGAUGAUCGAGAGAAUGAACCUCCCACUGAAGGCCAAGAAAGAAACAAGUUGGAAAAACAAGAUUCCACUCACAGUACUGAUAGCUUGAAGCGUAGGAAGAAAAAAAAGAAAAAGAAGCUCAAAAGUCAAAAGAGUACUGAAGAAAAUUUAGAUGAUGGUGAUGAUGAAAUUGAAGCUUCAAUUAGGGAGGUUAAUAAAUUACUAGGAGAACCAGAGGCACAUGCAUCUUUUCAUCGCCAGAGUUGUGAUAAACUUCCUCAUGAAAAAUCUGUUUUGUCUAUUGAUCUGCGAUCCUUAAACCCGGAUAAUGAGAUGAAAAAAAUAUUUGGAUCUAAAGUUGUCCAAAAUGAACAAGUAAAAAAGCGAGGGAGGGGCAGAGGGCAUGGGAGAUCUUCUAUUUUAGUGUCACAAAAGAACUGGCCACAUAUAGGAAAACCAGGUUUGUCUAUGAGAUUGCUGGAAACUAAAGGUAAUCUACAUUAUUUUGCUUUUGAACACAGUAAACAAUACCAGACUAUUCAACUUCAGUUUUUGGAAGCAGUUGAAAGCUUUAAUCCGGAAAAUAUUGUGGCAUUGCUCAACACUUAUCCAUAUCACAUUGAUGCCUUGUUACAAUUAAGUGACAUUUGUAAAAUGGGAGAUGAUUCUCAAAUGGCAGCUGAACUGAUAGAAAAAUCUAUUUUCAUUAUGGAGUGUUGUUUUCAUCCCUUAUUUAAUCUUGCCUCUGGAAACUGCAGGCUGGAUUAUCGAAUAACAGAAAACAGGUCAUUUUUCAUUGCACUUUUCAAACAUUUGGUAAUUAUUGGGCUGAGAGGAUGUAAUCGUACUUCCUUAGAAUUCUGUAAGCUUUUACUUAGCUUAGAUCCAGAUGAAGAUCCAUUGGGAGUUAUUCUAAUGAUUGAUUACUAUGCACUGAGAUCUUCCCAAUAUGAGUAUUUGAUAAAACUCUACUACGAAUGGAAUCCAUCUCGAAAUCUCUUCCAGUUGCCAAAUUUUGCGUUCUCCGUUGCACUCGCCACAUAUUUAUUUUCUGUAGAAGAUGAUGAACCAACCCAUGAGGCUGAUCUUAUGCUUCAAGAUGCGCUUAUUAUGUUUCCUGGCUUCUUGCUGCCCAUGUUAAAUAAAUGCAACGUAGAACCUGACAAAGCAGUACUUUCCGAUCCACUAUUUAGGCCCACAAAUGAUCCUCCUGCAUUGACUCAGCUUUUAUCUCUGUAUGUCGGCCGUACUUAUGGUAUUUGGAAAGCACCAGAUAUCAUAGCCUGGCUGGAACGACAAGUUCGUGAAGUUAUGUCAAGACACAAGAAUGAAGACUUAUUCUUUGAAGAAUGUGAAGAAAAAAAAAAGCUUAGAUUUGUUGGAACUCCACGAAAUGUUCUGAGGCAUAUAAUAUUAUCGGAUAUCCGAGAUGCCACUGCAAACCUUCCUCAGGAUUUGGUGUCUAGUUCAAUGUAUGGAUUUGAUCCAUUGCCACCUUUGGAUUCCAUAUCAUCUUAUGCUAGGCCAACAAGACCAGUUGUUCAAGAUGACCGUGGGGUAUUAAGUACGUUCUUCCGUUCUCUGCUGCCUAAUUUUAACGUGCCUCGGGAUGGUGCUGCUGCCGCUGAGGCUCCUCGCGAGGCCGGCGCCCAAGGAGGAGACGUCAGGGGGGACCUACGUCGCAGUGUCACUUCUCUUCUGGAUGCCAUGAGAGAUCUUAUAAGUAAUAUCCACCUAGCAGACGUUCCCAACGAGGGAGAUGUUGACAGUGAUGAGGAGAGGGAACGUUGAAACUUUAAGUGUGCUUUUUUUAGUACGUCCAUUUUUGGUUACCUUUUAUCAUUUCACAUUUACACGCAUUAUCUUCACUUUUUAACAUUAAGUGAUGAAAUAUGCAUAUAUCAUCAUACUCUUUGAAAGGAGUGAUUUGGUAUUUCACGACAUCUAGUCAGAUAUCCAGGGAUUAUGAAUCCUUGUCUGUCAUUUGACCGUAAAAAAUUGUAACAGAACAGCUUGUGAGAGCAGUUGGCACCUGUUGAGAAAUGGCCAUCUUUUGUGCAUUAAACAGUUUGUGGAAUAUAUAGUGUGAUUGUGUAAAAUGAUAAAAUCUGGUAAGAAAUUACUUUUAAGAUUUAACAAGGUCAAAUUCUGGAAAGUGCUUAAGCCCAAAAUUUGUCUUCAAAUAAAUUUAUGAUGAAGUUAGAGAUUUAUAAUUAAUUUUUGAAAAAGAUAAAAAGUAAAUUCAAACAGAACUCAAGAAAUGUGUAUGCUAUACAGAACUUCAUCAAGGGUGAGUUCAGAACUUCAUUCCUGCUGAGAUUUAUAAAUUGAAUUACUUUUCAUACAUUGAAUAUGAUAUUGUAUCAAACUUUUUUUUUUUAAACUGUCAUUAACAGGUUAUUCCCUGAUGAAGUACUGUAUUGCCUUUGUGUUUCUUUUUUUCUAUUUUAUUUUGCUUUUUAUCUACAUGAAUUUAAUUACAGUAUAUUCUGGAUAACUCAAAGUUCAAGGGACGCUAAAAAAUUUUCAAGAUAGGGUGAUUUUGUGCUAACAAGUUCAAAGUUAAAUAUGUUCUUAAAAGUAUAAUAUAUUCUAAAAUAUUAUGCUAAAAAGUAGAGUCAUGAAACAUAAGAAUAAUUAUGCAUGUAAUGAUAGUUGAGUAUAAGUCUAAAUACAGCAAUAAUUUUAUUUUUAAAAGUAAAACAAAAAUAAUGAUGCCUUAAAUAGGAAAGGAAAUUGGUGUACAAUAAACUUUCAUUGUGAUUUUUCUGAAGAAAAUUUAUUUUCUAUUUCGAAAACUAUUCAACUUAACAAGAUUUUGAGAUGAAACAUAGGAAUUCAAAUUAACAUUAGGUGGAUAUGUAAUGCCAAGGCGAAAAAUAUUUUUUUGACAUAACAAGAAUUUCGAGAUAUAUAAGUUUGAGAUAUCAAGAGUAUACUGUAUUAUAAUGAAUUUUUAAAUAAUUUAUUUGAUACUUAAAUUAUUAUCAUUUUAGAAUAACUUUAUCAAAAGUAUAUAUUAACUGUUAAGGCUGAUGUGCGUGACAUUAACUUUUAACUGAACUAAUAUCAUUUACAUAGGCUCUUGAUUCUUUUAAAAUAGAACUUUAUUUUAAACAAAGAUCAUACUUUACGUUGAAAUUGUGUGUAUGUUUCAAGUAUUAGGAAGGUAGAUCUUUGUAGUUUUUAAUUUUUAUGUAUGGAAUAUUUAUCUAAAUGAAUCAUUUUGUGAUUAUUUGUGUUUUUUAUUUCAGGAUAAUUUUAAAGCUAGAUUAUUAAAUUCUUUUAAAAUUAAGUUUGGAAAUUCAUAAAAGUUAUCUUUAGGUAACUGCCUUUAUGGUUAUAAAAAAUACUAUCAGAGGUUGAUAACUAUGUUCAAUAGAACCUAAACUUGGAUGAGAAAUUAUUAAACCUCCUAAAUUGCCAAUAAAUAAAUUCCUUCCAAAAAUAAUUAAAUCCAUUGAAUUUACUUAUUUAUUAUUCUUUUAUAGGUUAAUUAAUGGUCAUCCGAGUAAGUGUAUAUUAUGAGAAAAUUAUUGAUACAAAAUGCAAUUUAUUUUACGAUUUUCUAAAUUUCCAAAUCUCGCUUCUCUUAAUUUUUAGCCCAAGUUAUGUUGAAAUUUAAAUACGAAUAGGAUUAAAAAAAUAACCAGUCGUUUUCAGAAAUAGAUAAAACUCUUUGAUAUUUACAAUGUCAUGCUUAAAAGAUGUACCUUAAAAAAAUUUCUAGCAAAUUUGAACGUUUUCUGUAAAAUAAUCCCUUAUUAUUGUGAUAAAUUCAAAGCAAGUUUUUUCUGAAAAGAAUAAGGUUUUUAUUUGGAAAGAAAUAAUUGUAUUGGGCAACUGGUUAAGACAUGUCUGAAAGUGUAUUUUAGUGAUGAAAUGUAUUUUGGAAAACUUUACUUGUUAGUUAAAUAUUUCUCAAGAUGUGUAUUAAUCGAACGAAUAAAUUAAAAUGCUCAGAUUUCAUACCAUCCACAUUGUUUUUGUGAGUAUUCUUAUCUAUGAAAUACUCCAAUAUAUUAGUUUUUGAGUUAUAUAUAUACUUUUUGUCAUAUUUUGUAAGCAAUUUUUGUAGUUUUUUUUAUUUUUUAAGCUGAGUGCUACAUACAGAGCAUAAUAUUCUGACAGAAGAAACAGUAAGUGGGAAAAUUGUUCUGAAUUUAAUGCCGAUUUUUUCUGCGACAUUUUCCAGCUGACAGGAAAAGGGAAAUUGUAAUAAACAUAUCAGUUUUAAAUUUUGAAUUUUUUCCUCUCUUUUAAACUGAAAUGCAAGGAAAUAGUGUUGAGUAAUGACUAACUUUUAAUUGUUAUUAUGUAUGUUACCAGCAAUGUAUAAAAUAUAAGAAUUAUUAAAUACUUUGAGAAUUGUUAAAUAAUUAAGUGGAUGGUUGUGACAUCACAGAACAAGACAUAUUUUCUCGACUCUCUUUAAGUCGAGUACAUGACCGAGAAUUUAAUUGAUUAUUCAAUAAAUACAUUUUGUAUGAAAUACCAACUUAAUUAUGAAUAAUAGGAUGAGAAAAUAACACUGUAACCAGUUUUUCGGGUUGUUAUUAAUAAUAUCCAAUGAGACAAAAGAUGUGUGUUGGGAAUACAUGGCAGUAACAUUCAGUGCCUGAUUUAUCAUCAGACCUGCGAGGCCUCAAGCCCCACAUUUUUGGGGGCCCCUUAAAUAUUAGAAAUAAUUCAUUUUUGUGUUUUUCCUUAAGAAUUGUCUAUGAAAGUUAUGAGUUUACAAAAAUUUAAACAUAUAUUAGCUCUAUUUACUAAUAUAUCGUAAUUUACUUGAAUUCUAAAUUAUUUAAAAACACUUCAUAAUCUAACAGUGUGUAAAUUUAGUUUAAAGUAACGACCAGGGGGCCCACAUUUCUAGAUCAGGCCCUGAUAACAUUAUUGUGGGUGGGUAGCACUGGGCCCUUCAUCUAAAAAUAAGAUGAGUGUACGGAACACACCCAGCACAUCCUUUGCCCUGUCAUUGAUAAUGCAUAAUAGUCUCUAAAUAAAUAUGUUUCUUAUUAAGGAAAACGAAAUAAAAUGUGAACCUAUUUAUGUCAGCAAGGAAUGACUUCCAACUUAUAUAAAUAAAUCAUAAUAGUACUAAUCAAACGAGCAAUUGUCUUAUUACAUACUUGCUGGUUUAUCAUUUGAUAGUUAAUUAGGCAUGUUAAAUUAUUUCGCAUUUUGACAGUCAGCAUCGUAUAGAAGGCUGGAUCUCCAACUUUGCCAGUAACAUAUGUAAACCAUUGUUUUAUUAAAAGUUUUGUGUUAUGAAAAACAAGCUGUGAAUGUUUAUUAAAUUUUACCUUAGACUGUUUAUCAAUAGAAAAAAAAAUGCUUUUAAGUUUUUGUCUUAUCACUAAAGAAGAGUAAUUAUUAUUUCUGUAGUCAUAUUUUUCUUCCCGAAAAAUUGACCAACCAUUGUGAAUUGCUUUCCUCCUUUUGUAACUGGGUAUAUUUGAUUUCUGAAUGUGCACAGUUUUCAAAGCACAUUUACGCUUUUACAAUUAUCAUACGACCUUUAAAAUUACAUAAAAGUUAGUUUUUAUAUCAAUUAAAGAAUUUAAAAGGAUUCUGUUUCAUAAAAAUACUGAACUAAAUAUUAUUAAAAGUGUUUCAGCUUUUAUACAAAAUCUGUUAUUAUUUUUCAAUAUUCUGUGGACAUUAAAAAUAAUGGGUGCAUUGUUUUUGUAGUUAUAUGUGUUUUACUUUUUAGUAUGAAUCCAAGAUUUCUAAGUUUUCAAUAUAUAUGUUUAAUGAAUUUGAGUAUUUUAGCUCAAAAAUUAUAAAUUUUAUUUUUUAUAUGAAAAGUAUAUUGUUUCAUUUAUAUUUUACUUUCAUUUAGAAAUGUGUGACUUUUUUUUAAGACUAUAAUAUUUUUUAAUUUUUGUAGAUCGUUAACAGAUUCUAAAUCUGGAAUUUAAUUUUAAAAAUUUCAGAGAUAUCUUUCUGCUUGUGUUAUGAGACAAUGUAAGAACAGGCAUGAAGUUUUAGGAAUUUUUUUGUUAGAAUUUUGAAGUUUUAGACUAGAAAGUUUUCUUAUUGAGAUCUUAUUCAAAUUUACAUUUAAUUUUUCCAUUACAUUAACAUUUAAUUAACCAGUACGUUUAAUUAAAAGGUUGUGUGCCAAAAUUGAUUUAAGGAAAUAAAUAAAGUGUGAGGGUUGCUUUG